AUGUUCCGGCAGGUGUGGAUCUUCGGCGACGUGUGGUGCGCGGUGUGGCUGGCGGUGGACGUGUGGAUGUGCACGGCGUCCAUCCUGAACCUGUGCGCCAUCUCGCUGGACCGCUACGUGGCUGUGACGCGGCCCGUCACCUACCCCAGCAUCAUGUCGCCGCGGCGCGCCAAGAUGCUCAUCGCGGGCGUCUGGGUGCUCAGCUUCGUCAUCUGCUUCCCGCCGCUCGUCGGCUGGAAGGACUCGCACACGGCGCAGCCCCGCCCGGAGCCCUGCCCCUGGACAUGCGAGCUCACCAACGACACGGGGUACGUGCUGUACUCGGCGCUGGGCUCGUUCUACCUGCCGAUGCUGGUGAUGCUGUUCUUCUACUGGCGCAUCUACCGGGCAGCAGUGCGCACCACGCACGCCAUCAACCAGGGCUUCCGCACGACGCGCGGCGUUCACUCGCGCUUCGACGACCAGCGGCUGACGCUGCGCAUCCACCGCGGCCGCGGCUCGCUCAACAGCAACCACGACGGCGGCGGCGGCGGCGGCGGCUCCGGCAGCGGCCAGCCGUCGCCCAGCCCCUCCUCGGUGGCCGGCCGGUCGCCGUCGGCGCGGCGUGUCAAGAUCAGUGUCAGCUACCCGAGCAGCGACGCCAUCUGCGGCGGGGGCGGCGCCGGCGGCGGUGUGGGGGCGGCCUGCCCCCAGCCGGCGUCCCCCUGCGGCUCCCCGCCGCCCCCCGGCUCACCGGGCAACAACAGCAGCACGGCCAGCACCAUCAAGUCGUCGUCCUUCUCCGCGUCGCCGCCCGGCUCCAUGGCGCGGCUGUACGCCGCCUCCAGCGGCCAGCAGCAGCAGCAGCACCUCAGGGUCACCGGGGCGCGCCUCGCCGCCUUCCGCCGCAACAGCAGCGUGAGGAUUCGGCGGCGCAGCAGCAGCGACAGCGGGAGCGGCACGGCGAUGCUGGGUCCAGGAGCUGUGUCUGGUGGGGGCGGUGAGUCCGCGGGGGGCAGUGGAGGCGGCGGAGGCGGCGGCGGUGGAGACAAGUCUCCGUCGCCCACGUACGAGGACAACGGCGGCGGCGCUGCAGCCUCCGGGGGCGGCGCUGCCUGUGGAACUGGGGGCGGCAGCGGCCGGCCCAAGCUCAUCUCUCGCAUGGGCAAGCGCAACAUCAAGUCCCAGGUGAAGCGGUUCCGCAUGGAGACGAAGGCUGCGAAGACGCUGGGGAUCAUUGUGGGCGGCUUCAUCGUGUGCUGGCUGCCGUUCUUCACGAUGUACGUGGUGCGCGCCUUCUGCACCGACGCCGAGUGCAUCCCGGCGCCGGUCUUCUCCGUGCUCUUCUGGCUCGGCUACUGCAACUCCGCCAUCAACCCCUGCAUAUACGCGCUCUUCUCCAGGGACUUCAGGUUCGCCUUCACGCGCAUCCUCUGCCGCUGUGCCGGCGGCCGCGGCGGCUGGGGGCGGCGCGCUGCGAGCCCUGGCGGUGCUGAAUCCAGGAGGCUGUAA